CACACAUAAACCCCGGAGCUGAAGCACUCAGCGCUGGAGCGGAGCGAGGAGAAGAAGAAAGAGGAGAGAGGAGAGAGGGGGCGCGUGGUCCAGGAGCAUCGCAGCAGCAGUGUGGCAAUGUCGACUCGGCCACUGUUGGCUCGCUCACCGGCCUCCCCGCUGGGCACAGCUGGCAUCCCCACGCCCGCUCAGCUCACCAAGGCCAAUGCGCCAGUGCACAUCGACGUGGGUGGACACAUGUAUACCAGCAGCCUCGCCACACUCACCAAAUACCCUGAAUCCAGGAUUGGCCGCUUGUUUGAUGGAACAGAGCCCAUAGUGCUAGACAGUCUGAAGCAGCACUAUUUCAUCGAUCGUGAUGGUCACAUGUUCCGCUACAUCCUCAACUUCCUCAGGACAUCCAAGCUACUUAUCCCAGAUGACUUUAAGGACUAUUCUCUGCUGUAUGAGGAGGCGCGGUAUUUCCAGCUGCAGCCGCUGCAGACUGAGCUGGAGCGAUGGCGCUCAGAGCGAGACUCGGGGAGUGUGUCGCGGCUGUGUGAGUGUGUGGUGGUUCGAGUGGCCCCUGAGUUAGGUGAAAGGAUCACGCUGAGCGGGGAUAAGGCUCUCAUUGAGGACAUCUUCCCUGAAAUUGGAGACGUCAUGUGUAAUUCAGUGAACGCAGGAUGGAACCAUGACUCCACUCACGUCAUCCGCUUUCCUCUAAAUGGGUACUGCCAUCUCAACUCUGUGCAGGUACUGGAGCGGCUCCAGCAGAGGGGCUUCGAGAUUGCAGGCUCGUGUGGAGGUGGUGUGGACUCGUCUCAGUUCAGUGAAUACGUUCUGCGGAGGGAGGUCAAGCGAGGUCAGCGUGGAGUCACAACCUCUGUGAUCCGAAUAAAACAGGAGCCACUGGACUAGAGGCCAACAUGAUGCAGAAAAAGGAACAACUUUUUAACAGGAUAAGCAAGACAACAAGAUGUUCCUGCUUCAGCCCUUCAAGUAUAUACAAUGGGUAUAUACAAUACUCAACAAGCAACAUUUCAAAUUUAAAAGUGAAAGGAUGUUAGAUAAGUUUUUUUUUUUUUUCUGGUAUUUUGGAUGGCCAUAUACUUAUUAACACAGCCCUUCAUUCAUCAGUUUACUACAACAAGGCAAAGGUUUGUUUUAAAACUUUUUGACUUGGGCUCAUCUUUAUUGGUGAAAUCAAUAGAAAAAAAAAGUGAUCCAAUCAAGGGCCCUGUAUCCUGUACACAAUCAUGGACCAGCAGACAUUUAUCUGUUGUAAUGAUGGGAAGCAUAAACAUGAUACUAACAAUUCAGAAACGUGAGGAUA